GCAACUGAAUUGACAGCUUCCAAUCUUCGAAUAAACCAUUUUUUACUCUUUAUUCGUCCCAUCAUGUUACGAUUUUAAUACGCGCUUAGUAUGUGCAAUAGCCUAACCCUGUGGUUACAGGAAGAGUAAAUCUGACUGUUAGUGCGAACAGCGUUGUCUCAAAAUAGUUUAGCUAAUGUUAGCCAGCAAGGUAUCUAAACAGCUGUUACUAUGUUACUGUUGUGGUCAAUAUUAGCUGGGAUUUCUCUCGUUAUAAUAAUCCUGCUCGUACGGUUAUAUGUAGUCUUAGGUACUGGUUCUGAAUGCAGACCUGGAAAGAAGGGGUCCGUUUCCAUGCUUGUGGUUGCUGGAUCAGGGGGACACACAACAGAGAUUAUUCGUCUAAUGGGGAGUUUGUCUCAGUCAUACGGUCCGCGGCACUAUGUCAUAGCUGACACAGACAAGAUGAGUGAGGAGAAGAUUCGUACCUUUGAAGUUUCGAAAACAAGUGAUUCACAAUCACAGUUCACGAUCCAUAGGAUCCCUCGCAGUCGUGAAGUGCGCCAGUCGUGGAGUUCCUCAGUCGUCAGCACUCUCUAUGCUCUACUCUACUCUGUCCCCCUAGUCUUCAGACUCAGGCCAGACAUGGUGUUGUGUAAUGGACCAGGUACAUGUGUGCCCCUGUGUGCAGCUGGAUUGCUUCUCGGGGUCCUCGGCCUUAAGAGGGUCCUGAUCAUCUAUGUGGAGAGUAUCUGCCGUGUAGAGACCCUCUCAAUGUCUGGGAAGAUCCUUUACCACCUGGCUGACUACUUCUUUGUGCAGUGGCCAUCUUUGAAAGACAAAUAUCCCAAUACCAUCUACUUAGGAAGAGUGGUAUGAAGAUUCCCUAGCUCCUAGACCGAGGAAACUGCUCUCCAGACAGUCCUAUACGUUUUAUGAGCAUAGCCUGUUACCAGGGACUAUGGAAAAUCCUCCAAUCAGCUGCCUCUGGAGAAAUUUGUUACCUCAUGCUGCUGUGAUUUGGACCACUACGUGUGUUUUGGUUGUGUGUUUUUCUUGCGUGCAGCGUGACUGAAUGCUAUUUCAUUCCGGAGGAGCUGUUGAG